GCAGAGAAGCUGCCGCGACUGCCGCCUCCCUAGUGAGUACCAGAGAUGGAUGCAUUCCAAACAAUCCUGAAGUUCUUUAUGAACAGGAAAACCGCUAUCGGUUACAGUUUUAUGGCGCUGCUGACGAUGGGAGGUGAACGUGUGUUUUCUCUUGUUGCUUUCAGAUGCCCUUGCAGCAAUGAAAACUUCAGGUACGGUUUGGUAUUUCUCUUCUCGCCAGCUCUUGUUCUGCUGGUUAUCGGAUACUUCUUGAACAGCAAGACCUGGAAACUCUUUACAGGCUGCUGGGUGAAUCCCAGGAAAAUAUUCCCCAGAGGGAAUAUCUGCCAUUUCUUUUACGUCUUUGGACAAAUCACUUUAAAUGCUCUGGUAGCCCCAGUGAUGUGGCUUUCCGUGGCUUUGCUCAACGGGACUUUUUACGAAUGUGCCAUGAGUGGCUUGAAAAAUCCUGCCUACUUACAAGCAGUGUGCCACAGCAAAUCGGAGAGCUGUUUUGAAGAGCUACACAAAGUAGCCUGUGACAAAAGCUCCCUGCCCUUUUCAGAGAGUGAUGAACUGAAAAGAACACUUCAAGCACAGUCCCAGAUUUUAGGCUGGUGUGUGAUAGUUACCACAGCUCUCCUCUCCCUGCUAACCACUUGCUGUGCCAGCUGCCAGUCAAAAGUCAGCCACCUCCAGCUGAUGUUCUGGAGAGUGUAUGAGGGGACGGAGAAGGAGCAACUGGAGCAGAUUUUCCAACUGUAUGCCACCAAGCUGAGCGAGCGAAACCUGAAGUGCUUUUUUGAAAACAAGGAACCAGAACCCAUUUCCCUGCCAGCUUUCCAGGCAUGGGAAGAUGCUUCCCAGCUGUACUCUUUCAGCAACAGCAAACAGCAUUAUAGCACGAUUCACAGGCUAGUUGAAGAAGGCCAGAAAGGAACCAGUGAGGAAAGAGAGACAUUGCUGGACCUUGCGGACAGAAGGGAAGUACCAUAGACCAAGUAUAAUUUCAGCAUUUUUUAUAUCUUGUUAAUAUGGCAUACUUCUAGCUGGUUUUGUCUCUGUAUUCUUUUCACAAUGGCCUCUUUCUUAUUCAUCAUGUUUUCCCCCUGCUAGUUACUUGCUCCAAAAGGAUGGAAUGAAAUUAUUUCUCUACACAAGUGAAAAGGCUGAAGUUCUCCACAGCACCCAGACUUCACAUCACUGGCUCAGCAUCAAGAGUUGACAUCACAAAGAAAGGAAAAAUGGCUUCUACAAGAGGGUUUUAACAACAUGCUAUGCAAAAUGUGCUAUAGUGUGCUUGUAAAUCUAGAGACUAUCAACAAGUAAAGUAGUUUAAAGUGUGUGAAUAUAAUAACAAGAUAUGUGUGGCUUUCUGACAGCGCACAGAAAGUAAAGGUUUUCUGUCCAGGUCAUUUCCAGGCCAAUUGCAGGUGCAGACUUGUUUUGAGGCACCAGUGAUCCCUCAAGGCUUCUCUGUCUUUGGAUAUUUUGUCUUUGUAGAACAUCUCCCUAUUAUCUGCUCCCACUCUAGACUUUCUCUUUGUAUGGAUAUAAAGUUCUAGUUUUGAGCAAGUUUCAGGCACUGGGUGCAGCCUGUAGUGCUAUGUAAUAUUGUUGUUUCUGGGCCUGCAGCCAAUGUUCAACAGAAGGUCUGGAAGGAAAUUCCACUUUUUAAGACAAGAAAAUAUUUUUCCAGAAGACUGACUUUCAUUUUUUUGAAUACCCUAGGAAAUUUUAGUGUCUGGAGCGAGAAGAACCAGCAGGUGAGGCAACUGCAUAGUCAGUGCCUCUGACAAACACAUUUCACCCCAGAGCCCUGUGCUUAUGUCACUCACUUGGAAUUCAUCACAUGACUCUCAGGGUGUUCAGAGUAUUCGCAAAUGCUUUAUAAAGGGAGAACAAAGUUACUUUCCCUGGGGUGGCUGGGCAGGCUUUUUUGUAGCAUUUUAUUGCCAGUCUCUCCGAGUCUGCAAAGAAUCAUAGUUUUGCUGUGCUUGAGUCAUGCUCUUCUCAACAAACCAGGAUAUCCUGCCCAGCUGUUCUCAUACUCAUUGGGUUUCUUCAGCGGGUAAAAGCAUCUAUAUACAGACCAUUACUCUUUAUGAAAUAAAACAGAAGUGUUACUUCAA